AUGGCAGGACGAGUAACUUUUAGAGUCCUCUUUGGAGGUGAAGGUGAUGCAAGAAAACUAACCAUUGAAUCUGGAAUACCAAACACUGUGGAGGAUUUCACUCUUCAAAUCAAGACUUUCUUCCAAGUGACUGAGCCAUUCAGACUUCAGUACAGAGACAAAGAAAUGGAUGAUCAGUUCAUGAACCUCUCAUCAACUUCAGAACUUGAAGAUAAAGCUACUGUGAAAGUUGUGUACAUUCCUUCUGAGACAACCAGCUCUAAUCCACUCAGAAGAGAUGCCAGCCCCACAAUCCCAGGUACUCCUUCCAGUGUCAGCUCCUCAUCAUAUCAAGCAAAUGAUUCAGACUCCUACACCAGCGGUGAUACCAUCAUCUUGUCAUCGCCCGAGACCCGGUCCUGUUCUUGGCCCAAAGUCUUUGUUGUUCCUCGCUUCUCAUACUGUGCUGAGAUGAUACUUCACUCCGGAAAUAAUGAGUUCAAUGCCCAUGGAACCUUGUUGUCUCCUACCCCAAAAACACGUUCUGAUAUUCUUGAGGGCCUAGCUGAAGAAAUCAUGAAGUAUACAGCAUAUCCAAAGGAUGAGCAGUUAGAAGAAGUGGCCAAGGCUCUGAUACAGUCCCACCCAUGUCUGUUGGAGAAAGGCACUCGCGGUGGCUACUGUGGUUGGAAGCACUACUUGAAAAUAAAGAUGAUGAACUUCAGAUCAAAGCUCAGCCGAGCUGGACAUCCUGAGGUUGCAGUCAACUCUCUGAAGAAUAAACGGAAAGGCCAGGAGAAGCCAGCGGCCAACAUCAAGAAGCCCAGGAAGGCAGAAGUUAAUUUCUGUCCAAACAUACCCAGAGGUGAAACAAGAGAGAGUAUGGAGGUGGAAAGGGUGGCUCUACUGACAGAGUUAAAAAAGAAGAAACAGAAUGAGGCUGAGAUCAAGAAGAUGAUGCAGCAUACCUUCUCGAUCAGAAGGCAGGAGGUUCUCCAGGAGCCAGCGAUUCCAGAGUUCCGAGACAGAUGGCCAGCACUCUUUGAUGUCAGUGAGAUUAACUUGGAGUUCAUGCGACUGACAACUGUACCUCUGACCUCCAAAUUCCUCGGAGAACUGGACCGUCAGACAGACAACCUGAUCAAGGUUUUUAAUGCCAAAGGCGGAGUUGCAGGAAGAAAGAUCACCGCCAUAAUGGCCCAGAUGGAUAAUGCGUGAUUGUGUGCUGAGCUGUCUGAGCAUCUACCUCAAUGAAGACCUGGACACACUGGUUAAAGAAUAUGUGGUAUGUCAGCCUACUGUCCUUUGUGCCAGAUGUAAUUCCCAUCCAGAUGUGCCUGAUAUGUUGCGUUCAUAAGAAUGAGAUGAGGACACAUUGACCUUGACCACCAAUAGUUCAUCAUUGAGUCCAAUGGGUUGUUUAUUUAGAAUGAGAAAUUCCCACAAGGCAAAUGUUGGUAGUGCUGUCACUUUGUAGGAAGUAAAUCCACUUGGUCCAGAGGAGCCUGAGGAUAAAGUGGACCAGAUCCUGGCACCUAAAUGCCCUCGCUAUAACGGGGAACGACAAUUCUCGCCAAAAUAACAAGGUAAGGACCAAGGCACUUCAUAGUUCUUAUGACCCAGCAGCAUGUUUUGUAAGUGUGUAUUAAGAAAUGCCUUUCAAAGGUCAAGUCAUUUUGAUUCCUUGUUCUGAUCAGUUGGAUUCUACUG